AUGCAGUAUAAUAUUGAAGAUUUCAUUAAUGAUAGCUUACAUAAAAUAUUAGGGAUUUCUGAUAGGAAUAUAGUCAUGUAUAUAAAAGGAGUGACACAGUCAAGCAAAUCAAAAGAUUAGCUUAUUGAUGGUCUCAAAGAGAUGGAAAUCUAUCCUACAGAUUCAAAGUCAAAAGUAUUUAUUGAUGAAUUGUAUAUGAAAUAUGUUUAGGGAACAAGUGAAACGACUUCUUAAAGAAGUAGCUACGUUUAAGAAGAAAUAAGGAAGGCAGCUUAAGUUCAAAAAAAUAGUAAUUAUUAAAUUAUAGAGGAAGAUCCACUCUCAAUUACAGAUAAUGCAUAAAAAAAAAUAAAAACAAAUGAUGGAAACCCAGCUGCUAAUAAUUUAACUGAUAAAGAGAAAGCUGAGCUAGCAAAAAAAAAAGAUAUAGAAGAGCGCAAUGAAAUAGAUAAGAAAAUAAAAGAAAAGGAUAUGAAAAAAAAGUAAGCUUUGAGUGGAGGAGCUUAGCUAGGAAUGAAUUUGACUGCUGAAGAAAAAGCUGAGCUCAUUCCACUUUUACAAAAAGAAGCUAGAUAAAACUAUGUCAAAGGCAGAUUAGAUAAAUAAGUUGAAUUAUUAAAGAGAAUGAUUGAAUAUGAUGAAUUUCUAAUUAAAAAUCAUAAAGUUACAGACGAAGAAAUCAAGAGUUAUGAAGAAAAAAAGAAAAUUUUAGAAGCUGUAUAAAGUACAGACUUAACAUAAAAAGAAGCAGAUAUAUAUGAAAUGCCUUAGCUUUUUGAAGAUGAUGAAGGAAAAUAUGAUAGGAGAAAAGCUGCUAAUGCUCAAACUUAAAAAUAUAAAGAUGUUCCUUAUGAACCUAGUGAGCAUGAAAAAUGGGAGAGGGAAUAGACUUAACGAAACUAAGUAAAAUUUGGAACUAACACUUUAACAAAGCAGUAAUAAGAAGAACAAAACUAUAAAAUAUUAAUGGAAAAUGAAAUUUAAUUUAUCAAGAGUGAUAUAAUUAAAGAGCAAUUGCUUAAAUAAAAACAAAUGCUUGAUAGUAUGAAGAGUAAAAAAAAAUCUAAAAAGAGUUCUAAGAAAGACAAGAAAAAAUCUAAGAAGAAAAGCAAAGAUUCUUCAGAUUCAUCUGAAGACUCAGAAGGGUCAUCUAGUGGUGAUGAGACACAGGACGAUAAUAUUUACAUCAAGAAUGAUUAAUAACCUUAAAACUAAUAAGAGUUACUUUAAUUAAGUGAAAGGGAGAAAAUGAAGAGAGUUCGCCAAUCACUACCUAUUUAUAAAUAUAGAGAAGAACUUCUUACUUUGAUAAGAGAUAAUAGAGUUAUUGUCAUGGUUGGUGAGACUGGUUCAGGUAAAACGACACAAGUACCUUAGUAUUUGCACGAAGUUGGAUACACAAGCACAGGUAGAAUAGGUUGUACUCAGCCUAGAAGAGUAGCAGCUAUGAGUGUAGCAGCUCGUGUUUCAGAAGAAAUGGGAACAAAAUUAGGUCAUGAAGUUGGUUACUCUAUUCGUUUUGAAGACUGUACAAGCGAUAAAACUGUUAUUAAAUAUAUGACAGAUGGUAUGCUACUUCGUGAACUGAUGAUGGAGCCUGAUUUGGCAUCUUACUCUGUUAUGAUUGUUGAUGAAGCACAUGAACGUACUCUUCACACAGAUAUUUUGUUGUCUAUUAUUAAAGAUCUUUCUCGUGCUAGAGAUGAUUUAAAAGUUAUUAUUUCAUCAGCUACUAUUGAUGCUUAAAGAUUUUCUGAAUAUUUUGAUAACUGUCCAAUUAUUAAAAUUCCAGGAAGGCGUUUUUAGGUUGAUAUUUACUAUACCAAGGCACCCGAAUCUGAUUAUAUUUAAGCUGCUGUUCUGACUGUUCUUUAAAUUCAUGUCACACAGCCGAAAGGAGAUAUAUUGGUUUUUCUAACUGGUUAAGAAGAAAUAGAAGCUGCAGAAGAGAUGCUAACUGCAAGAACUCGUGGUCUAGGAAAUAAGAUAGGAGAGCUUUUAAUAUGCCCUAUUUACUCUUCUUUACCUUCUGAUAUGCAAGCAAAAAUUUUUGAACCUACUCCUGCUGGAGCAAGAAAAGUUGUACUUUCAACAAAUAUAGCAGAAACAUCUAUCACUAUUGAUAAUAUUAUAUACGUUAUAGAUACUGGAUUUGCUAAAUAAACUUCUUAUAACCCCCGUACAGGAAUGGAGAGUUUGAUAGUCACUCCUAUUUCCAAAGCAUCUGCAGAUUAAAGAGCAGGACGUGCUGGUAGAGUAGCACCAGGUAAAUGCUUUCGUAUGUAUACCAAGUGGAGUUUCUUAAAUGAACUUGAUUAAAAUACAAUACCAGAAAUUUAACGUACUAAUCUUGGUUCUGUUGUGUUAAUGUUAAAAAGUAUGGGUAUAAAUAAUUUAGUUAAUUUCGAUUUUAUGGACUCUCCUCCUCCUGAAAUGAUUGUCAAAUCUCUUGAAUAAUUAUAUGCAUUGGGAGCAAUAAAUGAUGAGGGUGAUCUUACAAAGCUGGGCAGGAGAAUGGCUGAGUUUCCUUUAGAUCCUUUCUUGAGUAAAAUGUUAGUUUAAUCUGAGCAUUAUAAAUGUGUGGAUCAGAUUAUUACUAUUUGUGCUAUGCUUUCAGUAGGAAAUACCAUAUUUUACAGACCAAAUGAUAAAGAGAAAAAAAUACAUGCAGACAAUUCGAGAAAAGCAUUCUUCCGUCCAGGUGGUGACCAUCUAGCCCUCCUAAAUGUUUACAACACAUGGGCUGAUAAUGGAUUUUCAUAAAAUUGGUGCUUUGAAAAUUUUAUUUAAAUAAGAUCAAUGAGACGUGCAAGAGAUGUUAGAGAAUAAUUAAUAUUAUUAUGUGAGCGUGUUGAAAUAGAUGUUAAAGACCCAAGUUUAAGUAUAUUUGAAGAUGAAAUGAAUACAAAUAUUUGCAAAUGUAUUUGUAGUGGGUUCUUUUAUAAUGCAGCUAAAACAAAUUUAAACGGAACAUACAAGACGUUAAAAAAUGGGCAUUCAAUAACCAUCCACCCAAGCUCCUUGAUGUUUGAUAUCAAGCCUGAAUGGAUUGUUUACAAUGAAUUAGUUUUCACUUCAAAAGAAUAUGUUCGUAAUGUAAUUGAAGUAAAAGGAGAAUGGUUAAUUGAAAUAGCUCCUCACCUUUAUAAAGAAAAAGAUUUACUUGGUGAUAAACGUAAAAUGCCUAAAAACACAGGCACUUCUGAUAGUAGAAAUUGA